CUCCCGCAGUCAAACCUCUUGUCGCGAGAUCUCGUCGCCCGACUAAUGCGAACGGAAGUAGCUCCUCUUUCUCUUUUCCGGCGGCCAUAGUGGACUGAGCAGCUGGGUAAGGAGCUCUGGAGAUAUAUUAAAUGUUCAAUCCGCUUCCAUCCUGCCCUGUAGGGCCGAGAUUCCCGUCUUUCACGUUAUGAGCGUUUAGAGCGGACCCGUGGCCUUUCAGUAGCUGGGAUAUUGGGGCUGUCAGUGGUAACAUGAGGGGUUUAAUGUGCGGGGAGCCGGAUCAUCGCUCUGAGCCCGGGCCCUGCCUGCAGGGUAGCGCCUGGGACUGUAUGGACAGGGUGCUUACUGCCAGUGCUCUGACCUGGUUACUGCCAGCUGCUCAAACAGUGUGACUGAUACACAAUACUGGGUCCAGUGUAACAGGCAGACACACCAUUCAGAUCACAGGGGACAUAAAAUGACAGAGGGGGGGGGGGUACCAUAACCACCAUGUCUCACUAGACUUAUACAGCCAGGCAGCACAUGGAAUGGGUUGUGUUGUGUACCGUUCAUGGGCUGCUGGAGUCUUUAAUCAUUGAGGGAUCCUGCAGAAUUCUUUAAUCUAGUACGGGGAACGCUUGUAAAUGAUAUGAAUCCAGGAACAUAUAGUGUUUGAGUCUGUGCUGUAUAAAUGUAAUAAAGUUAUUUUAUAGUCUGUUACAUGUCAUGAUUGUUGUAUCUGUUUUGUAUCCUAUAAUUAACUUUGCCAGUCUGUCUUUAUCAUAAUGUUCUUGCCAGUGUUUUUAUAAUUAGUUCAUAGUCUGUGUUUGUGUGUGUUUUACUUUAAUAGACUCUUUUGAAACUAAUUCAUCCAUGCAUAUUUUAUUUAUCUGAGUGUGUUUUUACAGAGCAUUGGAUAGUCUGGUUGAUUUUUGAUAAUCGCUGAGCCAGGAGUAGGCAUUGCUCUUAACCUACAAAAUUAAGCCAUGUGCUUAAACUCUAACUUCUUCUGGGUAACAGCAAUGACUAUAGCACAGCCCCAAUAUACACUAAAAACCAAAGAGAGAGGCGAAAAAAAGUAGUGGGAGUUUGAGUGCAUGGCUUAAUUUGGUAUGUUUAGUCUAAGGUAUUUAUGUACGUAUGGGUUACGUGGGUUUAUUUUUGUAAUAACUAUUGCUUUUAUCCUCUUUAGUCACCAUGAAGUUCAGUCCGUUUGUUACCUCUGACCGUAGCAAGAACCGCAAAAGGCACUUCAAUGCGCCAUCUCAUGUGCGAAGGAAGAUCAUGUCCUCUCCCCUCUCCAAAGAGCUGAGGCAGAAAUACAAUGUCCGCUCCAUGCCUAUCCGCAAAGAUGAUGAAGUUCAGGUAAGAGUGUGUGUGUAUAUGAAGGCUAAAAGUGUGUUUUGUUAAAUUGCACAUUUGCACUCUAGUGCAAAUCAUUCAGCCUUGGACAAAAAUAUUUUGAAUUAAUGGUGUACUUAAUCUGCAUAUUGCACCUGGCAUGUUUCUUCAAAUAAUACAUUCUAACAUUUUGUACAACAAUUUGUCUGUGAAUGAUUUAAAAUUUUGUAAAUAUUAGUUUUAUUUCUCCUCUUGAGACUUUCCCUUUAUACAAAUAUUAAUGUAUAAAGGGCUUUUAAUGGGGAGACAUAUUAAUCCAUCUACAUGGAGCGGUGCCUGUUCUUUGUGAUUUUGCACCUCAGUAACGGAUGGAACAUGAUAAUUUCACAUAUUAUUGGUUGUGCAAAGUUCUGUUCGGAUGUUAAUAUCUGCCUCUAUUCUUUAGGUUGUUCGCGGACAUUACAAAGGCCAGCAAAUUGGUAAAGUAGUCCAGGUGUACAGAAAGAAAUACGUCAUCUACAUUGAACGCGUGCAGCGUGAAAAAGCAAAUGGCACCACAGUUCAUGUCGGUAUUCACCCCAGCAAGGUAGGUCAUACAAUUGUCCAUUUAUUUAUUUUAUGGAUUUACUUGUGGCAUAAAAGGAAAAUGCAAUAUAAAUGACAAACAUAGAAAAUCCUAUACUCCUGCUCUUUAAAACAUAUUUAUUUUGAAAAUACAAAGUCGAAGGCAACAUGUCUUAUUAACAGGGCAUGCUUUGCUGAGAGUUGUAUACUGGAGUUAUCAACUCUUAUCACCUGAGACACUCAGGAAUCUAAUGAAUUUAAAAGUUGUCAUCAUAUGGGGUAUUCCACCGUGAAAGCCACUGUUAUUUUUGUGGGCUAAAGUGAAAUUUUACUAAGAUGGAUUUUUAUAUUUAUUAUGUAAAAACUCAUUCCUAGUAAGGGUUAUGAUUAAUAAAGUAUCAACAAAUCUCCAUUGCAGAGUAUGAGCACACUGUGUAAUUUACCUUGUCUGAAAUUGACAGUAGGAUUCAGAGCCCUGUUCAAGUCUAUAAUCUAAAAGGGAAUGGACUGAUCAUACCUGAGAUCUAUGUAUAGGGUAGCUAAUGCACUGAAAACAAAAGGAUGCUGUUGCCGAAACUAUGGGUGUUAGUUUGAAUUAGUAUGAUUAGCAAGCUAUUUGUAAACCUAACAAUAGUCAUGUAUUUCAUAGUGGAACACUGCACCUACAUACUCCAGACACCAUGACCACUUCAAAUCACUAGAGUAACUCUUUAAUACAUAUGGAGUUCAGCUGUUCAAAAUGGAAAUCGGCAGAGAGGUGGUAUAACAUUAGGGGAAAAUGUUCUCUUUGUGAUACAAAUUUUAUCGGAGACAUUUUUAUUAAAGGGAUACUGCAGGCACCCAGACCACUUCUACCAAUUGGAGUGGUCUGGGUGCCAACUCCCACUACCCUUAACCCUGCAAGUGUAAUUAUUGCAGUUUUCAUAAACUGCAAAAUUUACAUUGCUGGGUUAUGGCCUCCUGUAGUGGCUUUCUACUAGACAGCCACUAGAGGGACUUCCGUGUUUUAAAACGACUCUGGACGUUUUCACGCUAUGUGAGGACCUCCAGCUUCGCCGAAAUCCCCAUAGGAAAGCAUUGUGUAAUGCUUUCCAAUGGGGAUGUCUAAUGCGCCAUUGCCGCGCAUGUGCAUUUGGUCUCCCCCGUUGGCUGAAGUCGACUGGGAGGAGAGUGGGCGGAGCCUGACCCAGCGCCGGGGGACAUCGGUGCUGGACUCUGGUAAGUCACUGAAGGGGUUUUUAACCCCUUCAGCAACUUGGGGUGGGAGUAGGAAGGGUCCUGCAGUGCCAGGAAACAUGUUUUCCUGGCACUGGAGAAUACCUUUAAGGCUCCCUCCUUAAUGAAGGGGUUGAAAAUCAGUUUGCAGAUAAGGAACAUUAUGUAGACAUAUUAAUGUGGUUAUGUGCGUGUGGUGUCACUGUGAAUGUCACAUAUCAAGCAUGGAUAUGGAAGUGAUUCUCAAAGGGACACUAUAGUCACCAAGACGACUACAGUAUUGUCCUUUCAGGCUUUUCAAUGUAAAACUGCCUUUACAGUGUGCAGCUCUACGUUGAGUGCUUCCACGCACCCCAUAGAAAUGUAUUGAUUCAGUGCAUCUCUGUGAGGAGGUGCUGAUUAGCACAGCGCAACGUUUUGCAGCGAAAUAGUCUCCCAAUGCUUUCCUAUGGGAGGAAGAUUAUUGUUCUCAGCCAAAGAGGAGGGGCCAGCCAUGGCAAAGGAUAAAAGGUGACUAAAAUUACUUUUUUGUGUUAUCUGAAGGGGUCGUUAAACAGUUAACACUAUAGAUUUAUGAAUGCAUGCUUGUAUUCCUGACUCUAGUGUAACUUCAUAUUUUUUUUAUAUUUUUUUUGUCAAUCUUUUAUUUUUGACAAUUUUUGUAGAUCAUAAAUCAGGCUAGGCAAAUGUCGGAUUAGGUGAUUUAAAGUAGAUAUGCACAAGAGAGGAUAAACUAGGUUUACAUGAUUAGUCCGGUGUCAAGGUAGGGAGUGUAGAAUUGCAUGCAAACUACAACAAGCGAGGUUAGCAUGUCUGGGAUAAAAGUAGAUGCAAUUAUUUCAGAUGAGGAAGACUAACUAGGUUCCUUUUAAAUGUUGUAAAAGUUCUACUCCAUAACCAAACUCGUUUUUUGUUUAAUUAAAAGGAACAUUCCAACCACCAUAACAACUACAGACACAUGUUGUUGUGGUGGCCUACCACAGUAAGUAGUUAACCGUUUUAAGAACAGUUUGACAAUUUACCUGGGGUCUAGCUGGAAGCUCUUUGUAAGCUUUGUUAGCUCCACUGAAUUAAAUCCGUUCCUGACUGAGAGCUUGCCAGUGGUAGAGCAUCCAGAGGAAGUGGUGAUGGCCACUCAGCACAAGAACCAUUCUUAAACAGUUUGACUACUCUGUUAUAGGGCUUCAGGUUUCUCCUGACUCCAUAACCACUACAAUAAUAACAACAAAGUAUUUAACCAGGAAAGCUACAGUCAGAUUAUUUAUAUUUCAUAUUCAUGUGGUCCUUGGUUUUUAAUUAAAAAAUGACUUACAAUGUUAGUGUAAAAUGUUCUUGCUAUAGCAAGAAGCCAUAUUUUGAAACUUUAGUGGGAGCUCUAAGAAACAUAACCAUUACAGGGGCAAGUAACUUCCUUGGCUUCUAGUGGUUAUGGUUGGCUCUUUGGUUGCUUUCUUGGGGUGGUCAAGGUAUAGUAGGUUGUUUUAGCUAACCAACUAAAAGCUGAAUCUUCAACAGUGAGUUUAAUUGGUGUAUUUGUUCCAUGUGUGGUUUAGUAUGUAAGAAUGUAUGUGAUGGCAGUAUACCAACUUUAUUGUUGUGAAUGGUUCUGCAUAGUUCAAUUAUUUUGGAGUUUUUGUUAUUUUGAUCUCUUGAAAUAAAUAACCCCUGAGGAAUAUUUAGAAGGUUGUAUUCCCCAUUUAAUGGUAUAGAUUUGUAUGUCAUGGUGUAACAUGGAGACCUUUCUCAGUUCGACAGUGGGAUUAGGAUAUUAAAUGUUUUUUCGGGAUUGUGCACAUAAAUGUGGUUUGAAGUGGACAGUCUUUGUUGGUUGUGGGUUUGUGUUUUUUUUUUUCUCUUCAUAAACACCAAGAAGUUUCCAAGGGGUGAUUUAGUAUUUUAUAAGGAACAUCUCUGUGCUGCAAGCUUUUAGUCUUCCAUAUAAAAUUAAAUUAGAUCAUUUUAAACUUGCAUUUCAGAGAUUUCUGGGAAAAUGCCCAGUUGUAUCUUUCAUUUUGAAGAAAAUUUUUUUUUGUAUUACAUCUUUUUGAACUGGGUUGGAGUGAGUAGUGGCCAAAAUAGCCAAACUGGAUAUGUUUAUAACUCUGAGAUACUGUGUGUGUGUAUAUAUUAGAAAUAGUUGUAAUUAGGCACACAGAUAUCCCUGACUUGAACAGAUUACUUGUCAAGAGUUGGUUUUGGUCCAUUUAAAGGGACACUGUAGACACCCAGACCACUUCAGCUAAUUGAAGUAGUCUGGGUGCUGUGACCCUUUUGCACUUAGUGCUGCAACGUAAAACAGUGCAGCUCCAGGGAAACUGCAAUGUUUACAUUGCAGCUCUAAGUCUACCUUCUGUGACUGUCUACCAGACGGCCGCUAGAGGGCUUCCGGAAUCCAAACAGAUUUUUGGUCCGUUAUCUGACGCCGGACGUCCUCAUGUACCUCCAGCGUCAGAUUUUCCUUAUAGGAAAGCAUUAAAUAGUGCUUUCCUAUGGGGAGGUCUAAUGUGUGCGUGGCCAUUGCUGUGCAUGUGCAUUAGAUCUCCUUCGGCGUGGGGGGAGCCUGACCCAGUGCCGAGGGACAUCAGCGCUCGAUUCGGGUAAGUAGAUGGUGUUUUAACCCUAUUCAGCCCCAUGGGCUGCCUCUAGCAGCCUAUAGUGCCAUGAAAACGGGUUUAUCUUGGCACUAUAAGAUCCCUUUAUGAGUACUAUAUUGUAUAACGUGCAUGUUGCCGGUUGAUAGUCUCAAGAUGAAGUACAUUAUGCUGGCCAGUUGUAAUGCUACAAUUUUACAUACUAAAUGUUUUUAUGCCUAGGCAUAACAUGUGGUCCUUAGUGUUAAAUAGAAACAAUGGCAAGGGUCAUUAUAGUUGUCAUUCUAUACCAUAUUUAUUGCAGUCUUUGAUUCAUUCUGCUGUACCACAGAAACACAAUCUUCAGUAUGCUCCUUGAUUUGCACUGACUACAGCUGAUUAAUAGUAUUUGUUGAACACAAAUCUUUAUAUAGUCUGCUGUCCCUUCCAUACCAAGUUAGUCUGGCACUGAAGAAUUGUAUAAUAGCAGCAGACUGAAUCUUUGUGAUGCUUGAUUUUAAAUCAUCCAAAUUAAAUUGUUAUGCUCCAAAGAGGUCCUGGGUGCCUGCUUACCAGAAUGGGCUAAGCAGUCAAUUGCUUCAAUCCAACUACCGAUUGGAAGCCUCAGACUGGGCCCUACGGAAAGGCUGAGAGUGUUGGCUCAUGCGUUAUGUAUAUUCAUAACUCGCCAUUCACAGAACUGGGCCAAAAAAAAUUAUACCUGUUUCACUCUUUUGUGAAUGGGGAGCUGCUGUGUGUUGACUCAACCGAUCAGCGACGUGUGGUCUGGGGCUUCCCGAUUUGUUUACCUUUUUGGGUUAAACUGUUCAUUGACCGUUCAAACACUUUAGAUAACCUGACGCUUUGAACUCCUCGCAUCAUAAUAAUUUAAUUCCAAUAACGUUGUUACUGUGCCCGUACUGUCUUUAAUAUAAUUGUCUAAGAUAGUGUUGAGUAUGACAUUGUAACAGUUACCUAUUUGCAAAGUAAAAAAUGUACGUAACUCUUUGUUUUGGCCUAUGUGGUUGGGUUUUUAGUUUUUUUGUUGUGUACGAAUGGGUGCUGCUCAUGAUCUAAUAUAUGGUGCCUACUUUGCUGACUCCUCUCUAAAACUAAAAAUAUAAGGUUCUCUAAAUAUGUUCCCAUUUUUCUUGACAGGUGGUGAUCACAAGACUAAAGCUUGACAAGGAUCGCAAGAAGAUCUUGGAACGCAAGGCUAAGUCUCGCCAGGUUGGCAAAGAGAAGGGCAAAUACAAGGAGGAAACUAUAGAGAAAAUGCAGGAGUAACCAUGUCAACCAAUAAAAAAAACUGUGCAGUUUCUACAAAAUAUGGCUC